AUGGUGGGUGCACAGGAGCUGGAGGUACAGGCAUCUUCCAUACAACAACAACCACUUGUACAACCUGCAGAAGCUAGCAGUCAUCAGUAUGAGUGCCACGAGUGUGGGAAAGUCUUUAAAUGGUCUUCAAGAUUAAUACACCACCAAAGAACCCACACUGGGGAACGACCCUACAAAUGCUCAGAGUGUCCAAAAGCUUUUAAAGGCUCCUCAGCCCUCCUUUAUCACCAGAGAAGCCAUACUGGAGAAAGGCCUUACAAGUGUGGAGACUGCGGUAAAGCUUUUAAGCGUUCCUCUCUGCUGCAGAUCCAUCAGAGCGUGCACACUGGAUUUCGCUCGUUCAAAUGCAAUGUGUGUGGAAUGGCAUUCAAGUGGUCCUCCCAUUACCAGUACCACAUGAGACAACAUACAGGAGAGAGGCCUUAUAAAUGCAACAUCUGCGACAAAGCAUACUUAAAACAACAUGAGCGGAUCCACACGGGGGAGCGGCCUUACAAGUGCUCUGAAUGUGGUAAAUCCUUCACCCAUUCUUCUAACUUGCUCCUUCACCAGCGUACACACACCAGCGGACCCACACACAAAUGCGACUUGUGCAGCAAAAUGUUUAUGAGCGAGGAGAUGCUUCUUGAGCAUCAGCAGAGCCAUGCCGAGGAGCAGAGCUAUUCUUGCACAUUAUGUGAUAAGACUUUUAAAAAUGCCUCAGGGUUGUCCCGCCACCAAUAUACACACUCUAACGAAAGGCCUUAUAAAUGCUCCAUCUGUGAAAAGACAUUUGUGCAGCUCUCCAACCUGCUGAUGCACCAGAGAACUCACACGGUUGAACGGCCAUACAAAUGUACAGACUGUAAUAAAGCUUUUAAAGGCUCCUCGGGACUGCGCUACCACAUGAGGGACCAUACUGGAGAGCGCCCUUAUAAGUGUUCAGAGUGCGGGAAAGCUUUCAAGCGCUCUUCCCUUUUGUCUAUACACCAGCGAGUUCACACAGGUGUCAGGGCAUUCAAGUGUGCUGAGUGUGGCCUUACAUUUAAGUGGUCCUCGCAUUAUCAGUACCAUUUACGGCUCCAUACAGGGGAAAGGCCUUACAGUUGUACAGAGUGUGGAAAGUCCUUCAAAAACACUUCUUGCCUGCGCCGCCAUAGGCAGCUCCACACGGGGGAACGCCCAUUUGCCUGUGUUAUGUGCGGCAAGACCUUCACGCAGACUUCCAAUCUACGUCAGCAUGAGAGAACCCACACAGGAGAAAAGCCUUACAAAUGUGAAAAAUGUGACAAGACAUUCACACACUCUUCAAAUUUGCAGUUACAUCAACGCACACACUCAAGCGACCGACCUUACAGGUGCACCAUUUGCGGCAAAGGUUUUGUCAUGUCUUCUUAUCUUCAGAGACAUCUGCGCACCCAUUCCAUAAACAGCGGUGGAGACUGUGAGUCUGCCGCACAGAGUCUAGCUACUCCAAAUGGUCAAGCUUUGCCUGCAACUCAGAAGGUACAAAUUGUGCCCGACCUACCAACCACGCUCAAUGUUGAAGUCUGCAACCAACCUAGUACCUUAAAUUCACAAACCUUUUUCCUGGUACAGGUACCACAACAAAACACUCCUAAGUUUAUCCCUUCUGCCUUCUUCACAAGUCUUGCAUCCUCAGCAUAA